AUGCCCGUACAUAACAUGGACCCAUAUCCCCGUUGUCACCACGAGAGACAGAGGGCUGAGAUCAUUACUUUUCGCCCCUGCAGGACACUACAAUUAGCCCCCAGUGAAAUUGUUCUAGCCAGGGUCUUGGGUACCAUCAAGGAACUCGGGUUCUGGCGGCAAGGAGAAAUGAGAAAAUUUGCAUUGGACGUAUCGUCCUCGUCCUAUUCUGCAGACUGCCAAACACCGUAUAAGGUCGGACAAUUCCCCAGAGGUAAUGACCUAUUAUCGACAAAAUCUGGAUUUUCAAAAGGCAAGGCCGAAGCUCUACUAUCCAUUCUUUACUCCACUGUUCUUCUGUCCGAAAACAUAACUGCUCUUUGGUAUGCCGGCCUCGUUGCUGCUACACCCACCCCAGAACCCUCGAUAUCGUAUAUCGACAAGUAUGAGGGAUGUGACCAAGCUCAAGUCCAAAGGCUGGAGAAAGCAUUCAAUGAUGUUCACACUCUCACCACAACUGCGGAAUCUAUUGAUAUCUCUAAGCACCCUGGUCUGCAGGAAGAUGAGAAAUAUGUCAAGGCAAUGUGGAAAGCAAUUGCCUCCCCCAACUUCAAGAUCACAGAACAACUUAUAUAUUUGUCCAACGUUUUCAAGGAAACAACCAAGGAUUCCAGGAAUGACCUGAGCUCAAGACACAUGCAUCCGCCAGAGAAUCGCCGACCGAGCCGCAAGCCAUCAGAUAGGAAGGAAUAUUGGUGUGAGGCUGAUAAGCAUAUCAAAUGGUAUGAGGUGGCAGCUCAGCAUCUUCUCCAUGAGAUGACCCAUCUUGAUGCUGCUGGAAAGCAAGCUGGCUACCCCGAAGUCAGGCAGGUUCUCCUUCUAAUCGAGUGUUACUAG